AUGCGCUGCUCAUGUCGCUCCCUUGCCGCCCACGCCGCCCGACCGCGACCCGUCCAUGCGCCAUCACAUUUCGCCAACGCCUCCAAACGAUGUCUCGCCACAGUCCAGUCUACACAAUCUCCGGAUGCAGACGGUAGUAAUGCAAGGGGUAGUCUGAGUGGUGCGACAGUCAAUGCGUCUUUGUCAGUCCCCUCGGAAGCCCGCUUCAGUCCCAUCGGCGUUCAGCAUCUUUCCUCGCACAUCCACUCGCAGGUCUUCCCCGGCGCAAGCACCCAACCACCGCCCGAACUCGUCGCGCUUUCGCAGGACCACCUCAGUCGCCAUGACUUACUCGGCAAGAACCAGGACCAGACCCCGCCGGUUGGGUUUGACCUGCCCGAACUACAAGGGACCAGCCUCGACGAGCACUUUUACAAGCUGGGCAUGGAUACGGCGGAACCAUACUUAAGCAUGGCAAAGAAGCUGGCAUGGGCGAAUCCUCCACCAAAGCCAACAAAAUGGGUGCGACGGAGCGGCUGGACCAAGUACAACAGCGACGGCACCACCGAGGCCGUCGAUGCGCCCGACGAGACGAUGCUCACGUUCGACACCGAAGUCAUGUAUAAAGUGACGCCCUUCGCCUGCAUGGCAUGUGCCGCCAGUCCUACCGCCUGGUAUGCUUGGUUAUCGCCGUGGCUGCUGGGCGAGACCAAGUCAGAUCGCCACCUCAUCCCACUGGGCGACACCUCAGUCCCCCGCGUCAUUGUCGGACACAACAUCGGAUACGACAGGGCUAGGAUAGCGGAGGAGUACAAUAUCGCGCAAUCGAAAAACGCGUUCGUCGAUACCAUGUCCCUGCAUGUAGCUUCCAACGGCAUGUGCUCGCGCCAACGCCCGUCGUGGAUGAAGAACAGGAAGGAUCAGGAGAAGCAAGACAAGGCAGCGACUGAUGAGGAGAAUGCUGGCCUCUCCACGGUCUUGGCUCCUCCAACUGAAGAAGAGCUGUGGAUGGGAAGAAGCGCAAUCAACUCGCUACGGGAUGUGGCCAAGUUCCAUUGCAACAUCACGCUCGACAAGGCGCAGAGGGAGUACUUUGGUGAGAAAGACCGUGCGGUUGUCAAUGACAUGCUGGACGACCUGCUCUCCUACUGUGCCGCUGAUGUAGAAAUCACGCAUCGUGUAUAUCAAAAGGUCUUUCCGCUUUUUCUCGAGACAUGUCCUCAUCCUGUUAGUUUUGCCGCACUGCGAUUUCUGGCCGCUGAGAUUCUGCCUGUCAACGAGACGUGGGAUGCGUAUAUCAACAACGCCGAAGCGACAUAUAAGCAGCUCGACGAUGCUGUGAAGGAGCGCUUGGUGGCGUUGACAGAGAAGGCGCUGGAGGUCAAGGAUCAGCCGGAGGUGUAUGAGAACGAUCCCUGGCUGAGUCAGUUGGACUGGUCAGGGCAGGAGGUCAAGAUGGUAAAGGGGAAGAAGAAGGGCGAUCCGCCGAGACCAGCAGCCCGCCAGAAGAAGCCUGGUAUGCCAAAGUGGUACAAGGAUCUCUUUGCCAAGAACGACGCCCCGAUGGCUCUUACCGUACGAACACGCAUCACGCCGAUUCUACUGAAGCUGGCCUGGGAUGGCAAUCCUCUGGUGUGGUCGGAUAUACAUGGAUGGACGUACAAGGUGCCCGUAGACGAGGCCUUUGCCUACGACGACAAGGGGUUGAAGGUCUUGGACAUGUCUGAGGAAGAGAACCUGAAGCUUCGCGAUGAUAGCGAGUAUGUCUACUACAAGAUUCCGCACAAGGACGGGCCACUCGCGAGAUGCGCCAACCCCCUCGCCAAGGGCUAUCUGCAGUAUUUCGAGAAGGGUAAGCUGGGGUCGGAGUAUGCGUAUGCCAAGGAAGCACUGGAGAUGAACGCAUCCUGUUCGUACUGGAUCAGUGCGAGGGAGAGAAUCACGAAUCAGAUGGUCGUCUACAACAAGGAAGUGCCUAAUCCGCCGAAACUUGUCUCUGCAUCCGGCAAAGGCGCGGGGAAGAAGGUCGGCUUCAUCCUUCCACAGAUCAUACCAAUGGGCACCGUCACGCGGAGAUCGGUUGAAAAUACAUGGCUUACGGCUAGCAACGCGAAGAAGAAUCGUGUUGGGUCAGAAUUGAAGUCCAUGGUACGAGCUCCUCAAGGAUACUGCUUUGUAGGAGCAGAUGUCGACUCGCAGGAACUCUGGAUCGCUAGUUUAAUCGGCGAUGCGACGUUCAAGCUCCACGGCGGUAAUGCUGUCGGUUUCAUGACGCUGGAGGGCACCAAGGCAGCAGGUACAGAUUUGCACUCUCGCACAGCCGCUAUUCUGGGCAUCUCGCGAAACGACGCCAAAGUCUUCAACUACGGACGUAUCUACGGCGCGGGACUGAAGUUUGCGUCUACCCUUCUCCGCCAGUUCAACCCUUCGUUAUCGGACGAGCAAACCUCCAAAACAGCAGACGAUCUCUACAAAAACACCAAGGGCAAGAAGACGAACCGCAAACAACUCCACGAACGAGCCUUCUGGCGCGGCGGCACUGAAUCUUUCGUGUUUAACAAGUUGGAAGACUUUGCUGAACAAGAACGACCCCGCACACCUGUCCUCGGCGCUGCCAUCACCGAAGCCCUGCAACGGCGGUACUUGUCAAAAGGAGGUUUCAUGACGAGUCGAAUCAACUGGGCGAUCCAAUCUUCCGGCGUUGACUACCUCCAUCUUCUAAUCGUCUCCAUGGACUACCUCACCCGCCGAUACGGCCUCGACGCUCGCCUCGCCAUCACCGUGCACGACGAGAUCCGAUACCUCGUCAAAGAAGAAGACAGAUAUAAAGCGGCAAUGGCGCUGCAGGUUGCCAACGUCUGGACACGCGCAAUGUUUAGCCAGCAAAUGGGUAUCAACGAACUUCCCCAAUCAUGCGCUUACUUCUCCGCCGUCGACAUUGACCACGUCUUGCGAAAGGAGGUGGAUAUGGAUUGUAUCACGCCGAGCAACAAGGAGAAGAUCCCGCAUGGUGAGAGUCUGGAUAUCAUGGCGCUGUUGGAGAAGGGCGAAGAAGCACGCCUUGAUCCCGCUUUCGUACCCAGCGAAGCCGAUAUGCCAACACCGGAGAAGUACACUCACGCCUUCACCCCCCGCACACCCAUCAUGUCCACCCUUUCACGCGGCGAUGCAGUCGGCGACCCAACAGCAAUGGCGUAUCUCAAAGCGCAAAUUUCCUCCUCCGAUCAGGAACUCCGCGACAUCCUCAAACCGCUACGUGCGACGCCAGCACCACGCAGUGCAAGCAGUAGCAAGACGAAGAGCAAGAGUGGAAGCACAGCCGGCAACGAAGUCUCAGACAUCGAGCAAGAGAACCGUGAGAUCCAGAGGGAGAUUAAGCAGUUUGAAAAAAUGACCAAGCAAUCGAGCGCUCAUGACCCCUGGCGCGAGGUGUACAAGCGCGCGAAUGCGAGUACGAAGGCCAAAGGCAAAGCUGCGACUGGAAGCGAGUGGUGGCAGAACGGGUAUACGACGCAUAAUAGGAGUGCGGUCAGGAGCGCAAGAGUUUAG